AUGGGUCGAUUCGCAAACCCGCGAGUGGCUGGAUGUCGUCAACCCGGCGACCCAGGAAGUGCUGGCCAAAGUACCGCUGGCCACUGCCGCUGAGGUGGACGCUGCCGUCGCUGCCGCACAGGCCGCGUUCAAGACGUGGCGCGACACCC